GAUGAAUGCAGCGGGGCCAGAGUUCAGAGUUGAAUGUUUGACAGAAAGCUGGAUAUGGAUUCCAUAUUUCAUGAGAAACAAGAGGGCUCUCUUUGUGCCCAGCACUGCCUCAAUAACCUCCUUCAGGGUGAAUAUUUCACUCCUGUUGAUCUUUCCUCCAUCGCCCAUCAGCUUGAUGAAGAGGAGAGGAUGAGGAUGGCCGAGGGGGGUAUGGCCAGUGAGGAGUACAGGACCUUCUUACAGCAACCGUCUGGAAACAUGGAUGACAGCGGGUUCUUUUCAAUACAGGUGAUUAGUAACGCUCUGCGAGUGUGGGGCUUGGAGUUAAUUCUCUUCAACAGCCGGGAGUAUCAGAGCCUGAUGAUUAAUCCAAUAAAUGAGAAAGCCUUUAUCUGCAACUACAAGGAGCACUGGUUUACUAUACGCAAACUUGGACAGCAGUGGUUUAACCUGAAUUCAUUGCUGACUGGACCAGAGUUGAUAUCGGACACCUAUCUAGCCCUUUUCCUUGCACAGUUACAACAAGAAGGUUACUCCAUAUUUGUGAUCAGAGGAAACCUCCCUGAGUGCGAAGCAGAGCAGAUCCUAAGGAUCAUGAGAGUGCAGCAGCAGCAGAGGCCGCGACUUAUCGGAGAAGAUGAGGCUCAGACAAGUGCAGGCAGGUCAGCAGCUCUAAGCCAGAUGGAUAUAGGCUUUGGUGUGGAGGAUGAGGUUGUGGAAGAAGAUGAUGAGCUGAAGAGAGCACUGGCACUCAGCAGACAGGACAUAGACGUGGAAGAUGAAGAAGCGGAUCUUCGCAGGGCCAUACAACUCAGCAUGCAAGGAGCUGUGAUGAGCAACAAGCCCUCAGAGUCUGAAAUGGUAAACAUGAAAUCAGGGAGCACUGCUGGAGGGCAAAGCGAAGGCCAGAAUGAGACACUGACAGCAGAAGAACUGCGAAGGAGAAGACAAGCCUAUUUUGACCGGCAACAGCAACAAGCUCAGUCAAACAUUCCUCAACAACCAACAGAUAGCUCAAGCUCUGUAAACACUGGCUCUGAACAGGACCAACAACGACAGAAGCCCAGCCAGUGAGGUCAUGAAAGGUUUGCCUGUGUUGUUUACCAGCUGCCUGGAUUGGCAAACCCCUCCUCGGGGUUCGCUUUGCUCCUUCCUCUAACCUUUUGCACAUGCGAACAUAAGGACAGUCAGAAGGCUGACACGUCCCCCCCGGUUAGUUCGCUGAUGGGCUUUAGAGACGAGACCAAUGACAAAGAGAGGGCAGCAGUUAGUCCAAUUGAACUUACUGAGGCACAGACGCUGGGAAAAAGGGUGACCACAGAACUCACGAUGCAGUUAAUCCAAGUUUGCAAUUGCCUUUUUACCAUGGCGCCUUCUAUUUCUAUUGUAAACUGUUUUUUAUUCCCUGUUUUCCUCCUGAUAAAAUUAUUUUUCAGCAUACAAAAGGUGUGCUUACCAGUGUGAGGGUAAUCACAUGUGUAUGUUCUGAAAUGGAGACUAAUGUUCAGGCCAGAGAUAGAAACUGAUGGGUCAUGACAGAUUUUCCUACAUCUAUUUUUGACUUGUGCUCCUCAAAUAUGGCGUAUAAAUCCACUGCUCCAACACUACUGUAGUUCUUAAAUCAUUUCUGCUUGCUACUUUCUGAAAUAUCUUUUUGGCAGCAACUGACAUGCGUUCAUCAUUUAUUCCUCACAUCAUACAUCACUUUAUUCAUUGAUUAUAAGGAGAGAACUCUGGGGUUUUGUGACAGUAACACCUUUCCUCUGUGGCGGCUUUAUUAUUACCUUUAAACCUAUACAUAGGCAUAAUGAAUAAUGUAAGAUAGCACAUCUCUUACUGUGAGAGAGGGAAAUUUGUCCCUCUUUUGUGGACAAAUAACUCUAUAGAGCUAUUUCCUAAAUCUAGAUUGAUUGAUUGAUGCAUAUUUUCACAUCUUUUUAAGAUAAGUUGGUGUGCUGGGGAACAAAGCUUUCUGUAAGAACCAUAAAACUGCAGCCUAUUUACAUAUACUUUAUAUUAUUUCAGUAGGGUCACCCCUUGAAACAAAAGACUGUAUUUAUUACGAAACAAUAAGGGAAUGAUAUAUUUAAAAAAGGAGUUUUAAAUGACAAUUUUCCCUUUCACAACCUUACUCAUGUUUCUGUUAUUUAAAGUAGUGUUGUACGCAUAAGUUGCACACAGAUGCAUUGGUUUGCACUGAGGGUGCCAUGUAUUGAAGCUUCAGAAAUCAUCAGCUGACCGUACAAAAUAGUAGAAUGAUAUUAAGAAUACAGGCUGUUAUUAGAUCACUAAAUUUACUUUCCACAGUGACAUGCUGAAAAUAUCUCCCCUAUCCUUUUGCAAGCAGCGAUAGUCUUGAAAACCAGGAACACGUUAUUUCAAUUAGGGGUCAACCGAUUAUUGGCCUGGCCGCUUAUAAAUGUCAAUACUGAUAUUUGCCAAUUAUUGGUAUCAGCACUUUAUUUUACCAAUAAUCUAUAGAAUUGUUUAAUCAAAAGGUGCGCUACUUUGCUUCCAUUGCAAGAUGUAUCUUCACCUUCGACUUACUGUUCAUUCUCCGAAAUUUCACCACAUUUUCUCCAUACAGCACAGUCCCAUUAGGUAGAUGUCACAUGAGUACUAGCCAAUCGGACUUAAGCCUGAUUGUCACAUGCUCAGUGAGCAUAAGGAAUUAGUUUCUGUUUUCCUGAUGCUACUGUGCUGUUCUCUGCUGUUUCUCAUGCUGAUAGAUCUAAGGGUUAAUUGUUGAUUUUUCUUCAUGUUUUGAUAAUGCAACUUCACUUUUGCCCACCAAGCAUAUUUUGUGAAUCAUAAUAAUUGAAUAUUGGUUCUAAAUAGUGGUUAUCGGCCUCAUGAAUUACUAAUAAUGGUUAACGACCCUGCAAAACCAAUAACGGUUGACCCCUAAUUUCAAUAAAUGGACCACAUAACAGCAUUUAAAAUGUAACCCCCAAUUUUUGUUUUUGGCAGCUAUGAAAGAGGACAUACAAUCAUGAGCAUACGAUUUAGGCAUGACUGUGCAGGAUGUGCCACAACCUGUGGCUGGAGAGGUGGGGUCGGCAGCUAGCAUUAAGACGAAAAUAGAGCCGUACUUCACAACCGUCAUUACCCUCGCACUGAAGUGCAUCUAUUAUGUUGGGUUGGAUAUUGAAAAACAAAUCCACUCGAGGUCGCUGUCUUUCAUGGAGCUGAUGCUGCUCAGAGAGGGAAGAAAAAACAGUCCGUCCCCUGCUCAGCUGUGCUCAUGUAGUUGUCUUUCUGUGUGCCCAGGUGAGCUAACAGUGUUGAUAUGUUUGUAUUUUCGAACAACUCACUCAAUAUUCUGUGAUAUUUUCUCAGAAAACUUGAUUAAGUUCAGCCUUUUUUCAAAUAAUUCCUCAGUGUGUUUUGCUAGUCUGGGUUGAACUGUUGGCUGCUUUGCUCACCACUGUCCCGUCAUUGGCGGUGGUUUUGCAAUGUCUGGCUUUUAUCCGUAAGCUUCGAGAGAACAAAUGACAUGAAGGCAGAGUAUGGAUAGAAAGGUUCCGUCCGUAUAAGCGGCUCAAACAUAGAGCAUAAAUGGGCCUUUAGGCUCAACAUAUGUUGACACGUGUUGCUCUGCAGCCCAGGUCAAGAAUGCCAGCAAUUUUCACCUCUUGUGACAUCCACAGCACAACCGGAGGCUCAUAGCAACCCUACUACCCAACCGAAUGGUACCCUGGGCCGUGCUUACUCACCACAUCCACCCCUUGCUCUGCCCUGAAGGUGUCUACUUUGUUAUUUUUUCAACAGAUUAUUUUCCCAUGCCCCUAGUAACAUGCAAGGUCAUCUAGAGCAUGAGCUGGGUUGUAUCAAUCCUCAUUCCUUCCCUCAGGUGGGCUUACUCACCAUUAAUCACCUUACUUCAGCCUCAAUUUUUGGCCCAAUGCCUAAAAGUUCUACACAAUACUGUACAUUGAUAUGUUUAAUUGCAAUCAAAACUUGUUUGUUUUUCUCAAGUUGUUGGUUUUCCUGUUAAUUCAAGAUUGAAGUUAACUUCACUUGUUUUCUUGAGAUCCAAAUGACUUGUCAUCACUUUAAAACUGGAGCUAUUAUCUGAAGACACUGUCCAGACGUGAAACAUGCCCAAAGGAAAAGAGUAAAAUAAAAUGUGUCAAUUUAGCAUCAACAUGUACUGAGGGCCCUUCAAAAGUACCUGAUGUUCUGACAAGAUUGACCUCUCAAGCUGGAUGACUUCCAAUGAAACUCAGUGGUUUUGUUAAUUUUUUUGUGUCCAUUUAGUGUAUUAUUUUCUGUUUAAAAUGCACUUGUGACAAAGUAUAGCUGGCUGUUUUCUUUACAUUAUUUUUACUCUUUACAUUCUUAUCAGUAUUCAUAACUUUUGUUCACACGGCACCAUUCUUUCAUUCAAAUGUAUUAGCUUAUUUUCCAAGAAUAAAGUGACAUUCACUCCUA